CAUGACGCAGCCAUAACUACUCCCGUGCUUGGUCUUUCCCACGAUAUGAUGGAGGACGUAAAUCAAGAAUCUACCAUCGCGGAGGUACCUUCGACUGUCGGACCGGAUGAAACGCGGUUGAACGGUGAGCCAUCGAACACGGCUGAGGAGGAGGAGGGAGACGAGCUUGAGGUGGAGCAACCGGAGCGACACACGGGUCAGGAUGUCGAUUCCACGAAAUCUUCCAUGGAGAGUUCCUUUACCGUGACCGAUUGCAACUGCUCGUCGCUGAUCGAACGUACGGACAAGCUAGACGCGAAUGAGCUGCAGCUGGACGCAAAGGUGACCGAACUGAUCGAGGAUCUCAUCAAGCCGCACGAACAAGAGCGUGGUGUUGGGAGCGAGGAAAAGUUUAAAGUUCUCACGAUCAACGAUGAGGUGGAGAGUGUGGCCAGCGGAACCGGUGGCACGGUGACGGUCGUGGGGGGCAACGGGGAUGGUAGUGAUAGUGGGGUAGAAUUUGGCGCAGGAUCCGGUUCCCUCACCGAUACUGGGGUGUUGCAACGUGCGCUGAGCAACAAUAGUGCCGGUUACGCAAGUAGCUGCUGCGGUUUGGACGGAGAACCGACCGGCAUGAGUAUGUCGUGCAACUCGAGCAUGAUAAGUUACAGCUCGGAUAUCUACGACAAGACUGGCAACACUGUGCUGUGCGGACGGUUGAGUACGGAUUACUGUGCGAGCGAGGGUGGAAGCGAAAGUUCUUCCGUGACCGGUGGACCGGUGAGCUCGCUGCGUAAGGCAGGGCCGGUGGUUAAGAAGAAGGUGGCAGUGAAGGAACCACCGGCGAACCGUUCCCCGAGGAAGUCAACUGAGAGUGUAUCUAGCAGUGGUCGGAGCAGUUCCCGCUCGCGAGGCUCUUCGUUGGGCCGUUCGGUGUCGUUGAAUUUGAAAACAAUUCCAACGUCGGCGGCGAACGUUGCAGCGGCAGCGGCGGCUCGUGAGCGUGCUCGCUCGAGAGAUAAAUCAACUUCGUCGACUGGUGUUUGUCCAGCCGCCGGCGGGACACCUUCCAGCACCAUGUCGAGUAGCAUGAAUCGAAUUCUACAAACACCGACCAAACCGAUGCCACCUCCGAGACGUCCAUUGAAACCAGACUCCCUUCCGACGGGCAUCAAGGACUCGCCGUCCGGUCAGCGAGUAACUGUGUCGCGCACUCCGUCCGUUACCCGUGGCCGCACACCGCUAGGAACGCCGACGGACGAUGGUCGGUGGCCGUCGGUUGGUGGUAAAGGUGGAAUCAGUUGCAGCGGUGGGAAUACGACACCUCGUUCCAUGCGAGCGAGCUCUGCCGCACCGGACGGUGGAAUGUCCAUCAAAACACGCAUCGGACCAUUAUCGUUGGAUGGAUGCGGCAGCAUCAAGAUGACAAACAACAAUAACAACGGGUCGCCCAUGAGCCUGCCCAGUGGGGUGGAUAAAUUUGCCACCCUUCCCCGACGAAGAAAAGAACGUUCGGCGGAGGAUCUCAAGGCCGGACUGGCGGGUGGUUCCAGUUCGCGCAGUAACUCGGUGACGCGCGAGCAGGUCUCCAAUCGGAUGGCAAUGUCACUGUUUAAGAAGCUUCCCGGCAAUGCCAAAACGUCGGCAGAAAUGGGAAGUUCAAACAAAAUGUCCUCCCUGGCGGCUUCUUCACAUCCCCGGUUGGCGUCGUCCGCGAAAAAGUUGACACAGAAAAUAAAGAUCUACCACGAAACCAGUGUCCAGACGGCCAUCACCUGCAAGGAUGUGGAGGACGCGUUCGGAGGCAAUGCACGCAACGUACGCAUCGAUGCCGUUGAGAUGGUCAGCAAACAAACACAGUCCGACAUACGGGACAAGGAGAUGGAACGGUUGGAGGAGAAGCUGAAGAAGGUGACGGGCGAAUAUACAUCGCUCAUGUCGAAGCUGUCCGAGAAAUCCCAGAUGGUGACGGCGCUGGAGCAGAAGCUGUUGGUCGAGCGCGAAGAAAAGCUGACCGCACAGAAGGAACUGCAAAAUAAUACGGAUCGCGUGCUGGGCAUGCUGGAAUCGAUGCAGGCCAUCCCGAACAACGGUGACACUGGGGAGUGUGAUAGUUUAUUGAUGCUGGAAUCGCAGCUUCAACUGUCCGGCACAGUGCUGGAAAAGAAGCAGGAAGAGAUCGUGCGUCUGCAGACGAUCUGCCGGGCGCUGCAAAUCGACAUGGAGCGAUCACUCAAGAACCAGGAAGAAUUGCUGCGCCAGAAGACUGAGCUGGAGGAGGAAUCGAGCGAAAUGCAGGACUUUUUGCAGGUUGAGAAACAAUCGUGCAUGGAUGCGCUGAAGGAAGCCGAGCAGGAGGUUAGCAUGCUGCGGCAGAGCUUGAUGUUGAAGGAGGGCAGUAUCGAACGGCAGCAGGAAGAGUGUCGUCAUCUAGUCCGUAUUGCUGAGCAGAGGAGACAAGAAUACCUGGGAAUGCAGGCAAAGUAUAAUGCUCUGGAAAGUCGUUCCAAAGACAUUCUGCUGCAACAAGGAGCUGCUGUGUCUGGAGCAUCCGUUGCGCUUUCCGGAUUGGGUUCACGAUUGGACAAUUUGGUCGAACAGUUGAUAGCAUCCUACAACAUCUCAGAACAGGAUCUCGAGGACGUAAUCUACCACAACGAAGCGUAUACAAACAGUGCGAGCAGUGGUGAUGGCAGUCCGGAAUAUGAGCAAACUGCUGACGCGUACAAACAGCAUCAACAUUCGCAGCAACAGCAUCAACAGUACCAUCAGCAACAGUCCACGGAUUCCACAUCCACCAAGGGUAGUGCCAAGUCUGCUGGUGAUGGUUGUGCCGUGCCACUUUCUCCUCAGCGUGGACAAUCGUUCAUAGCGGCAGUCAUCAGUGCUAUAAAGAACGCAACCAGUAAAACGGUCACUACCAAGACUGCAGUAACAGCCGCCACAAACGGUACGAAUGCUGCGAACAAGGAGUGUCGGGAAAAUAAUGGCCAUGAAUCAGAUUCAACAGAGAUGCUCGAUUCGGAGACGGAACCGUGCCUGAUGAUGGACAAUGUGCUGGAAGACGUGACGAUGCCGGAUUCACAUUCCCACAACAUGGUUUCAUCGUCGACUCGCAUCUCGCAGAUCGAAAUGCCAUCAUCGCUGGAGAGUGGUGUGGGAGCGACCAGUAACGCCAUGACGAUGGCACACGAUGAAUCGCUCGACAAUCUAUCGCAAGCCAUCGCUAACAGGCAGCAGAUCGAACUGCAAUCGAACAUGAUCGCUAGUGGACGCUCGUCCCGAUUCCACCAUUCAGUUAGCAGCAAUGAUCAGCAGCAGCAGGCACGGAACACAACGUCCGCAGUAACAUCGGCGGCGGCCGCUGUAACGACAGCACCGGACCAUACGACGGCCAGCCAUUCUUCGUCGCUGGACGAUGAAGAGAACAGUUGCUGCGGGGAGGCAUCGAUGGCUGAAAUGCCUUCCAUCUGCGAAUACUGCAAUGCGCAGUCGCUCGUUGAUCAAGUGAUCGAUGUAGACAAUCUGAUCACGAAACUGCUGAAGGUUCUGCGGAUCGUCCAGAUGGAUAAUGAUCAUUGCAUACAGGAACUGAUUAACCAUAAAAACAAACUAGCGAUCUCAAACGAAGAGGUUCAGGAUCGUGUGAAGGAGUACGAGGAACUUAACUACAAACUGCAAGACGAUCUGAAAGAUGCCUACCAUCAGCUACAGUUGCGAGGAAGCGAAAUAAACACUAACAAGGUGGAGUUACUAAAGCACCGCAAGGAAAUCGAUAAAUUAAAUGAAGACAUUUGUCAGUUAAGCACCCUGUGCAGUGAUAGUAAGCAGGCGAAGAAGAUUGUGAUCGAUCGUGAGGAAAUCUUGAACGCAUUUAAGCUCUGCAACGAGGAUGGUGUCGUGCCGGAGCAAGAACUGUCCCAGUUUAUUGUCCAUGCAUGCACAGAGAUUCCUAAACUGAAGGCAAAAUUGUACGAAAAAGAGCAACAGUUGGCCACGAUGGCAAGCAACGCUACGAAUGGGGCAAAUUUUGUAAUGACCGCCAGUUGGCACCAGGCGUUGAACGAAGCGAAGCGACAGUAUGAAGCAAUCGAUCGCGCUUUAGAGACCUUGGACAGCGUAAAGUCGGUAGUGCAACAAACGCCCGCCCUGAUGGAAUUGCAGCGCGAUCUGGAGGAAACAAACUUCGCUUCAGCCUCAAGCUUCCCACUAGUAACGGCCGCUCAGCUUAAUCAGCUGAACUGUGGUCAGGUCGGUACGAACGGUAAUGGAGCCGCCGGUGUGAACGGCAAUGGUGUUAUCGAUUUAAAUGCCAACGAAACAACGCUCGCAAAUGAGGCGGGAAGUGUUGUGGCUGAUCCGAGCUGCUACAUCGAUUCGACUGCUUAAUCUUAAUGGAACAGUUUAGUAGUUAGCGCGAUUAUUAUUUAUUACGUUUUUUCGUCGUUUCCUGAA